AUGGCUGUUGGCACUAAAUUAGCUCUUGAAGACAGUGAACCAUUUGAGAAUCCAGCUCUGUAUCGGAGUACCGUUGGUGCACUUCAGUAUCUCACGUUGUCCAGGCUUGAUAUCUCCUUCUCAGUCAACAAAUUGAGUCAGUUUUUUAAGGCUUUAACACAGUUGCACUGGCAAGCCUGUAAAAGGCUUCUUUGGUAUAUCAAAGGAACCUUAAACUAUGGAGUAUUAUACAGUCCUAAUAACAGAUUUAAUCUAAUCUACUAUAUAGAUGCUGACUGGGCUUGCAAUCCUUCAGAUAGACGUUCUACCAGUGGGUGCUGUGUGUAUCUUAGAUCUAAUCUGAUUCAAUGGAAUUCCAGGAAGUAA